CGUGAAUCGCGAUCGCCCAUGGCAGAGAACCCCCGAACUGGCGCUUCAGCGGAUUCGAACCGCGGCAUUUCGUGAUCUCUAGCGUUUUUGGUGCUUCAUGCGCUUGGAUCCGUGGAUUGAGGGUAGAAGUUGAUCUCAAAAGAAGGGAUUUAAAGCUGUUUUGGAUAAGUCAAUUGUCACAUUGGUUGGAUCAGAUGCACUUAUCAUCUAUCAAAAUCAAAAUAAUUUUGUGAGUGGUGGGUCCGUAAAGUGUUCGGAUUCUUUCUCUUUGAGCUAGUUGUUGAAAGGCACUGCUAACACUCUGUUGCAAUCAAAUGAUUGGAUCGCGUUCUGGUUCGAGUCGCGAUCAACUCUUUCCACGCCGCCUCUUAGCUGUUUCAUCUUCACCAUGCUAUAACUUAUUAUUGGAUGAUCCUUUGUUGUAGGGCCCCCCACUGAAAGAUAAGGUUGAGGGAUUAAGGGCCUCUUAGACCUGACUGAAGCUUUUAUUGAAGUGCAAUUUAAGUAGAAUUUUUCGAAAAAGGCUCAAUGACUUUUUCAAUUAUGUUAUCAGAGGCUCAUUUCAGCUUCUGAUAACAUGUUGACAGAAGAAGCAACAGCUACAAGUUUAGAGCUUCUGCUUUCGGAGUUUUGAAGCUUAUUUCAGCUUAUCUAAGAUUGAUGAACUCAGGUUCGACAGAUAUUGGACGCGAUGAUGGAAGCGGAGAUGUUUUCGUCGUCGAGGGUUCCAUCUCCUCGUGAAGAAAGUGGAGAUGAGGGGCUUUCUGUGCUUCCGAGACACACUAAAGUUAUUGUUACGGGUAACAACAGAACAAAGUCUGUUUUGGUCGGUCUUCACGGUGUCGUGAAGAAGGCUGUUGGUCUUGGUGGCUGGCAUUGGUUGGUCCUGAAGAAUGGGGUCGAGGUGAAGCUGCAGAGGAAUGCUUUGAGUGUUUUGGAAGCUCCAAAGGGUAACGAAGAAGAUGACAAAGAUUGCAUCGACUGUGACAACUCUCUCUGCAGCAGCUCUAACAUGAGCGAGAAAGAGAUUGACUAUCCAAGCACAGAGUUCCGGAAACCUACAAAACGAAGGGUUCGUCACACAAGGCCUUGGAGUUCUUCUUCAGGGGCUAGUAGCAGAAGCAGCCAUGGAGACUUCCCCUCACAUGGCUUCGAGAUGCAAACACAGAGAGUAAAUUUGGCAAAACUCGGGAGAACCGCCUUGUGGAGAUAUUGGAAACAUUUCAACCUCGUAAGCAUCAACCCUAACCCUUCCGAGGAGCAACUAAUUCAUGGCGUACAACAUCAUUUCUUAUCUCAGCGAUUGGAUGAGAUGCAGGUCAUUGUGGGCUUCAUUCACACUGCAAAGAGAUUAAAGACUCUCGGCUCUUAGCGAGGAAUUAAUUAAACCCAGAAACAUUUAUACUAAAAUGUAGAGGUAAUGUAUUUUUAAACCAAAUACGGAGAAAUUUAAAGAGUGAUCCUCUUUCUUUACUUGAUUGCUGUCCAUCUUCUAAUUUAAGGAUGUAUAAUAGAUUAUAUGUAGAGUUCGGCUGCUAUACUAUCGGCAGCACAACGAUCGGUAAUUUGGAAAUCCGUGCGUGCUACCAAGUUUUUUUC